AUGGCCACCCUCUACCACCCCACCGCCUCGCAGCUCAACGCGCACGAGGGUGGCAUCUCCUGCGUCGCGUGGGGCCACGGCCUGGUCGUCACCGGCUCCGCCGACGAGGCCGUCCACUCCUAUGAAGUAAACGGAGCGAAAAUUGAGCGGCGGCACACUCUGACGGGCCACGAGCUCGGCGUUACCGCCGUUGCGGUCGCGGCGGACGUGGCCGUCGCCGCGUCGGCCGCGCUCGACUCGCGCAUCCGCGUUUGGAACCUCGACACGGGCAGCCUCAAUCUCGAGAUUGACUGCGGGCCUAUGUCGUACGGCGUCGCGCUAAGCCCGGACGGCGCGACCGUCGCCGCCGGCUCGAUGGGCGGCAUCAGCCUGUGGGACGCCGCCUCGGGCAGCAAGACCGCCUCGCUCUCGAUCGGCAGCGACCGCAUCGUUCUCUGCGCCGCUAUCUCUGCGGACGGAGCGCUGCUCGCCGCCGGCGCAGAGGACGGCGGCGUGCAUGACGCGUAUUCCGCUGCAUCCCGCGGCUCGUGGGUGCUCGGCGCCGCCUUCUCCGCCGACGGCUCGCACGUGGUCACCUGCUCCUCUGACCAGACCGUGCGCAACUGGGACCUGACGACGGGCGCCUCGGUGCAGACCCUUGCGGACAGCCACUCGGACCAGGCGUGGGGCGUCGCCUUCGACCCGAGCGGCGGCCGCUUCUGCUCAGUGGGCGACGACCGGGCGAUCCGCGUGUUUGAGGCGACCGUGGCGGGGGGCGAGUGA